AUGAAUUGCGGCGGUCUCGGGAUGGGUUCUCCACAUAAAACGCUCGUACAUACAUUCUCAAACAUAUAUUCACGUCGUUCAUCGCCGUUUCACGAUGUUUGCCACGCAAACAUGACGUCCAUCAAAAGAUCGAAGCAGGUCUCGUUCGCCACGCAGGAGACAUCAGAGAGCUCCGUGUCUGGUACAGGUCCUUCAAAGAGGACAAGGUGGGAUGUAGGAGACCCUGAGCGCGGACGUAAGGAGGGCCGUGCAGUAGAACGCGCGAGGGCCCAGAGUCCAUCAGAGGACCGGAGGAAGAGACGUGAGAGGUCGCCGUUAGAUGAGCGCCAAAGUAGGAAGCACAAAGCGACCAGAUAUCGCUCGCGUUCACCCUCCUCAGAUACAUCCCGUCGCCACGCACGUCAUAAAGAGAAGCGCCAUGGCCGCAGUCGCUCUCGAUCUCCGUCGUCUUCAUCUUCUUCGUCAUCUUCUUAUUCCCGUUCCCGGUCGCGUCCUAAGGACCGACACCGCAAGGCGAGGGGCAAGGAUAGGAAAGACAAAGAGAAACGGGGCCGGAGCAAGGACAAGGAGAGGCGAAAGAGAAGCCGUUCGCCUGAUGCAAAGAGGAGCGUACUGACAGGAAAGAAGAUCAAGAUGAAGGUUCAUAAGACCGCAGAUGAUCUCGAAAGAGAUGCGAAGAGGCAGGAGCUGUUGACAUUCCUCAAUAGCACUUUUGAAUGA